UUUUGGGCAUUGUUAUUCUUUUCGGCAUAAUGACGCAGUUCAGAAGCUCCAGCUGAACAACAGUAGUUGAAGUUUAUCAUGUAUUUUUUUUCCGAAAAUAAGCGCUUAAGCAUUUGGAAACAACAAUUCACUCUGUGCUAUUAAAAUUUUCAUCAUAUGAGCUGUCUGCAAGUAAACUGAUGAGGACUUCCUCAUCAGAGACUGAAAAUCAGUCUGCAAAUUGUGCUACUGUUACUCAGCACUGUGUAAGCUGCUCUUGAGGCAUUCAUACCAACAGACCCAUGUUAAAAUGGUGCCUGUCUAUGCUGCCUGCACCUUGUUAGGCUUUGCACCCCUGGUUUUUGGUGUCCCUCCUAUUUGGACUCAGCCGGAGCAGGUGCAUCUCUCAUAUGGAGGAGUACCAGGCUCCAUGGUGGUAACCUGGACUACCUUCAAUAAGUCAGAGAGCAGUGUGGAGUAUGGUCUUCUUGGUGGUCGACUCUUUGAGAUGAGCACCAAAGGGGAUGCCACUCUGUUUGUGGACUCAGGAGAGGAGAAGAGGGAGAUGUUCAUCCACAGAGUGACCCUCACAGACCUCAAACCUGCUGCUACAUAUGUCUACCACUGUGGUAGUGACGAAGGCUGGAGUGAUGUGUUUUCUUUCACUGCUCUGAACGACAGCUCUAAUUUCAGCCCCAGGUUUGCUCUGUAUGGUGAUCUGGGCAACGAAAACCCUCAGUCUUUGGCUCGACUGCAAAAGGAGACUCAGCUUGGCAUGUAUGAUGUCAUCUUGCACAUAGGGGACUUUGCCUACGAUAUGCAUGAGGACAAUGCCAGGAUUGGGGAUGAAUUCAUGAGGCAGAUCCAGUCCAUAGCUGCCUACGUGCCCUACAUGACCUGUCCAGGCAACCAUGAAGCCACAUACAACUUCUCCAACUACAGGAAUCGCUUCAGCAUGCCAGGCCAGACUGAGAGCCUGUGGUACAGCUGGAACCUGGGGUCAGCACACAUCAUCUCCCUCUCCACAGAGGUUUACUUCUAUCUCGACUAUGGCCUGGAGCUGCUCUUCAAGCAAUAUGAGUGGCUGAAGAAAGACCUAGAGGAGGCCAACAAGCCUGAGAACAGGGCAGUGCGUCCAUGGAUCAUCACCAUGGGGCACAGACCUAUGUACUGCUCUGAUGAUGACCAGGAUGACUGUACUAACUUUGACUCAUAUGUUCGACUGGGACGGAAUGACACCAAACCACCAGCUCCUGGUCUAGAGGAUCUACUUUAUCUCUAUGGAGUAGAUGUGGAGUUGUGGGCACAUGAGCACACAUAUGAGAGACUUUGGCCUGUCUACGGUGACAAGGUGUACAAUGGGAGCAAAGAACAGCCGUAUGUAAACCCCAAGGCUCCAGUACACAUUAUCACAGGCUCUGCUGGCUGUAGAGAGAAGACUGACAGGUUCAAUCCAAACCCCAAAGAGUGGAGUGCUUUUCGCAGCACAGACUACGGCUACAGUCGCAUGCACGUGGUUAACGCCACCCACCUCUACUUGGAACAGGUCUCAGAUGACCAGUAUGGCAAAGUGAUUGACAGCAUAUGGGUGGUGAAGGAAAAACACGGCCAUUCUGCCUGGCUAUGAAGACUGUCGUCUUUAAAAAGAUACUCUACCCACAAUAUUAACUUUGCUUUCACACAAUCAGAGUUCUUUUGCUGCAUCACUGCAGUUGUGCGAUGAAAAUGAUUAUUAUUCCUGGUAAUUUGAAUUUUCUAAUUAAACAUUAGUAAAUUUUUGUAAUUUCAGUCAUUUCCACUAUGCCUCAUCAACUCCAAGACCACCAUAUGAUGAUCUGCUGUAAAUGUAUAUAAUGUAUGUAUGAUGUGAUUUACUUAAUGUUUUUCUUGUUUCACUUCAGAUUAAAAGCACAUUUGAAUAAAUUCAUUUUUGGAUUUGC